AGAAAUGGCAGACCUGUUCAAGUGUCAGAAGACAUCAAGUCACUGGUUGAAGCAACCAUGAAUGACAUGAAGUGGAGCAAAAAUAAGCAAAAUCUUAUCAAGAUAUAUACAAGUUAUGGGUUUGAUCUUUUUCAUGCAGGAUCAUUUGUGUUGUCAGCCAAAGGAGUUCUCGGUAUACCAAAAAAUUUUAACUAUAAAGACAUCAAAGACUUUGAUCAUGCUGGUGUUUUAGUUAAUGAUGAGCCAGUUAAUUGGAUUACCCCUGCAGGGAAGGCACUGGAAUGGUCUCUAGUUUUCAGUGAUGAAGCUAAAAAGUUUGCUAUCGCCAGAGAAUUAUCACAUUUGGAAACUGGCGAGCCUUUUGGUUAUGGAGCGUUUAGUGCUUCAGUUAUAAUGACAUGUUAUGUUAUAUCAUCAACUUUAAAUAGGAAGUUGGACAUGUUCAGAAGGGCAAGAACACUGAGAGUACUAAUGUAUGCAGGUGUGUCUCUCUUUAGUUAUGCCAUUUGGAUAUUGUGUAAAGAUGUCUCAUGUGUGUCUACUGAAAGUAGUGUUGAUGAAACUGUAGCUAACAUUAAUGAACAUUAUGCAAGAGGAGGACUUGAGUUUUACGAAAAAAUUCUUCGAAGGAAUAUUGCUCUUAGAUCACUCAUGGGGCAAGAUGGUGAAGAUAUGUUUACAGCACAUGGGAAUGACCAGGUGCUAUUUCGAACAAAACACCUGCCAUAUACUACUCGCCGAGAUUAUAUGAAAAUCAGAGUUGAAGAGUACCAAAAAGUAGCUGAAGAAAUUUUGGCUGUGAAGCCACGAGGGGGAGAAGAAGCUUAGAAGGAAGCUGUAAGUACAUCAAAAUCAAAAUGAAUUUCUCUGAAUAAAAAAUUGAACUUCUGUCAUUCAUAGAUGCUGAAAAUGUUUUGUUGUAUAAAACUGCCCACAAAUAAUAUUUAUUGCAGUUGAAAUAUAAAUUUGAUAUUUCAUCCUAAAAAGAUUAUGAAUUAUAUAUAGAGUACUUUCAAGUAAUUUCAAACCAUUUGCAGUAGGCACACUUUCAAGUUUAUAGAACAUUAUUAGGAAAAAAUCUUUUGUGCUAAACCUCAGAUGGCUGAAUGUAAUUUGUGAUGUACAGUAUUUGUAAAUACUUGUGUUAGGUGAUAUAUUUGAUAUUCAGAAGGUUAAUACAUUAUAUGUUUUAUUGAAAUUAUAUGUUUUAUUGAAAUAAA